AACACAUGACGCCACGACAAGAUCCAAUGACGUCACGAUUAAGCCUAAUGACGUCAUGGACCANACAAGAAACAAAAGAACGCGACCACCCGAAGGUUAUACGAACAACCCCACUCAUGCCUACAAACCCGCACAUGUUCCGGGAUUACCACACGAACCCCAAGCACCCACCCUCGUUUUACCCAUGCCAACCACUCACAAUCGCCCCACAACAGCCUAGGUUCACGUCGCCAGGUAAUUUUCCCGCAUUCCCGAACAUGGGAAAUCCCCCUGUUACGGUACCACCGUACUCAGUGCUACAACCAGCAUACAUAGCAUGGCCAACCAGGAAAGCUUACUGUUCACGUAGUAAGCAAUGGAUGCAUCCCCGUCCUACUAUCAUACCUUUAUCAUACAACCGCCCACCUUCUAAUACAAUGAGCACAUCCCCGAAUAAAAGCGGGCCACAGGAGCAACAAGGGAGUUUCCCGUUUUACCCACCCUGGGGACCAAUGAUCAAGGACGAGCCACCUUACCCCUACCACAUGAUGCAUGAACAUAACUUUAACCCAAUGCCCCACGAAAAUAAAGACAAAAAAUAACUUUUAAAACACUGGAAACAUUAAUUAUCGCCGAUCUCUAAAAACUGUGACUUUUUUUUACUUUUUAAAUUUGGAAAGAUACGUUUUUUAUAUGCGACAAAUGCUAGAGCGAUUGAUGAUUUGGGAAACUUUUUACGAUGUAGCCAAAAAUAUUUCUUUCUGUCAUCUUUCUUUCCUUGUGUCAUUGUUUUCAAACACGCAAAUAAAAACAUCUGGU